AUGUCUGCAGACAAUCCAGCUGACAUACUAUCCAGAGGAGUAUUGGCACAAGAACUAAAAGUCUCCGAGUUAUGGUGGAAUGGACUACAGUGGUUGAGCCACAGCAAUGAUGGUUGGGAGCAUUCAGUCACCACACUACCAGACGAAGAAACAUUAUCAGAAAGACGAGUGGUUAACCUCGUACUCACCACGAUGGAUCAGUCAAUCGGAUUAAUCGAACACUAUUCAAGUUGGCGUCGACUAGUGAGAGCCGUUGUCUGGUUUCUUAAAUUUAUAGAUUUCCGAAGAACAAGGCAGAUCGGCACUACAGCAUGGUAUUUAAGUGUAUCGUAUUUAAAGAAAGCCGAAACUAGUUUAAUAAGGCAAGCACAGUUACAAAAAUUCAAUGAAGAAUAUAUCUCGCUGAGCAAAAACAAGGAAGUAUCAGGGCGUAGUAAAUUAAAGGGACUACAUCCGAUGCGCCAAAGCGAAAACUUAAUACUAGUUGGAGGACGACUGGCCAACUCCCAAAUUGCAGAAAAUCAAAAGCAUCCUAUUGUGUUACCUGCAACUCACAAAAUUACCAGGCAAAUUAACAUAAUAAAUAACAUUCAUACAUUUUUAAAUGAUAAUAAAAAUAUUAACAAAAAUGAAACAAAAAUAAAAGACAUGGUACAACCUAAAAAUCAAAAUCAAGCCAGCAAUUUCACACACAAGAAAUAUAAACACUCGCUUCAUUGA